UCAGGCCUCAGAAAGAUGGCGUCCUCGGAGCAAGCAGAGCAACCAAGCCAGCCAAGCUCAACUCCAGGAAGCGAAAAUGUGCUGCCUCGAGAGCCAUUGAUUGCCACAGCAGUGAAGUUUCUACAGAAUUCCCGGGUCCGCCAGAGCCCACUUGCAACCAGGAGAGCAUUCCUCAAGAAGAAAGGGCUGACGGAUGAAGAGAUUGAUCUGGCCUUCCAGCAGUCAGGCACUGCUGCCGAGGAGCCUUCAGCCUUGGGCCCAGCCACGCAGGUGGUUCCCGUGCAGCCCCCUCACCUCCUUCCUCAGCCAUACAGCCCCGCAGGCUCCCGGUGGAGGGAUUACGGUGCCUUGACCAUCAUCAUGGCAGGAAUCGCAUUUGGCUUUCACCAGCUCUAUAAGAAAUACCUGCUCCCCCUCAUCGUGGGCGGCAGAGAGGACAGGAAGCAGCUGGAGCGGAUGGAGGCCAGCCUCGCAGAGCUGAGUGGCAGCGUGGCCCAGACAGUGACGCAGGUACAGACCACGUUAGCCUCUGUCCAGGAGCUGCUGAUCCAGCAGCAGCAGAGGGUCCAGGAGCUCGCUCAUGAACUGGCCACCGCCAAGGCCACCACGUCGACCAACUGGAUCCUGGAAUCCCAGAACAUCAACGAACUCAAGUCGGAAAUCAACUCCUUGAAGGGCCUUCUUUUAAAUCGGAGGCAGUUCCCGCCCUCACCAUCUGCACCCAAGAUCCCCUCCUGGCAGAUCCCGGUCAAGUCACCAUCCCCCUCCAGCCCUGCAGCAGCCAACCACCACAGCAGCAGCGACAUCUCACCCGUCAGCAAUGAGUCCACGUCGUCGUCACCCGUGAAGGAGGGUCACAGCCCUGAGGGCGCCACCUACCACCUGCUGGGCCCCGCGGAGGAGGGCGCGGGGGUGCUGGACGUCAAGGGCCAGGUGCGGAUGGAGGUGCAGGGCGAGGAGGAGAAGCGGGAGGAUGAGGAGGAUGAGGAGGACGACGACGUGAGCCACGUGGGCGAGGAGGACUGCUUGGGGGUGCAGCGGGAGGACCGCCGGGGCGGCGAUGGGCAGAUCAACGAGCAGGUGGACAAGCUGCGGCGGCCGGAGGGGGCCAGCAAUGAGCACGAGCGGGACUAGGCCCUCGC